AUGGAUCAAGUGGCGACCCUAUGGAAGCACACGGUGGCGUCGUACAACCCGUACGCCAUCGACGUUGUCGGUAACCUCGUCAUCCAGGUUAUCUUCUGGUGGAUCCCCUGCAUCGUCUUCGUUUCGCUCGACAGCAUCGCGCCGGCCUUCUCCGAGCGACACAAGAUCCAGCCAGCGCCAAAGCAGCCCACGGCCGCCGAGAUAUGGCACGCCGUCGGCGUGUCGACCCGAAACCAGAUCCUCAUCACCGCCAUCCACCUCGCCCUCACCUAUGCUUCGUACGCGCAGGGCCACCCGCCCGCGGUGCGCGUCGAGGCCGCACUGCCCUCGCUGAGCGAGCUGGCGCGCGACUUCGUCAUCUGCGUCGUCAUGCGCGAGGCCAUGUUCUACUACUCGCACCGGCUCUUCCACGUGCGUUACUUCUACAAGCGCAUUCACAAGAUACACCACAAGUUCACCGCGCCAGUGGCCUUCUCGUCGCAGUACGCGCACCCGGUCGAGCACAUUGUGGCCAACACGCUGCCGAUUGCCUUGCCGCCGCUGCUGCUGCGGACGCACAUCUUGACCAUGUGGGUGUUUCUCGCGUGGCAGCUGGUCGAGACGGCGACGGUGCACAGCGGCUACGACUUCUUCGGCGGCGCGGCGCGCAAGCAUGACAGGCAUCACGAGAGGUUCGACGUCUACUUUGGGGGCAUUGGCGUGCUGGACUGGUUUCACGGGACCGAUGAGAGGCUGAGGUUGAAGGGGAGCAAGACAGAGUAAGGGGCUGCGAUGAGUGUGAUGCACAUGAUGCGACUACAGCGGGGUCUCGAAAAAGAGCGUGUUGAAGGUCUAGCUAUGACCAGCGGCGCUGGCAUCAUUGGAAAAUUUGGAUCGGGGUAUCGUGUGUUGUAUAAGCGCCAUUUCUUUAACGAAUUUGCUUCUUGUUUUUUUCUUGCCUUUUUUUGCCUGAGCCAAAGUUCCUUUCUGCGGUCGCGGCGAAAUUGAAAUAGC